ACUUUGAUUUCAUAUAAAAUUCAUAUACAAAAUAGUACCACUGUCUCUGGAAGAGCUUUUUAUAUUUUGUAAUAAAAUGCCAAAGCCCUCAAAACAGGACUCUAUCUCGUUAAAAUCCAGUAACUCAUCAGUUUUUUUGGAAGAAGGCCAAUUCGAAAAUCUAGAGGAAGAGCAUGAGGAUUGCAUAAGUUUAUCCUCCGACUUAACAAGAGUACAAAGUGUUAUUUUGGACUACAAGCAGUUCAAAGCGGCUCGCACAAUUCAGCGUUAUUAUCACGGAUGGCUAGUGCGAGAAAAUUAUCGAAAACUUCUGAAGUCUGCGAUAAUUAUUCAAAAAUGGUGGCGCCGUUUCGAGGCUCAGAGAAAUUUGCUUUAUGUGGCCGAAAGCGCUCUGCAGUCGGCUGUUUUGGCCCAUUACGAGAAGUCUGCUACCCUGAUUCAGACGCUCUAUCGCGGAUGGUGGUCGCGAAAACAUAUCUUUGAUCUUACCAUGCUCAAGAGCGUGCAGAUUAUGUUGGCAAAGGACCUGAUCCACUCCUUGCUCAAAUACUUACACGCGACGAAAAAUUCUGAAAUGCUUCCAGGCAUUUACACGAUACGGGAUUCGAGCAUAUGUCUGGAAACUUUGGAGGAAUUGAUGGCAACAUUUGGCUUUCGAUAUUAUAACGCUCAUGCUUGCUACAAAAUGAAGGAAACGUUGUCAAUGGUGGCACAGAGCCGAAAGGUGUUUACGUCCACAUCCUAUUUCACGGAUGUACCAUAUCCCGGCUUUAAUGAUCGAGGAUUUUGUGGCCCUCGGCAGCAUUCUACCAUGACCAUGAAUGCCAAAGAUCAAGAACAUUAUGAAUUGAUUCACAUAUUCCUGACCGGUAGUAGAAAAAUGGGCAUGACUACGGCUAAGAUCGAACAGAAAAUAGCCAACCUUGCAGAAGAAAAUCGCUUAAAUAUGUUGAUAAAGAGGGACAACAAGAAAAAGAGUUUUAUUAAAAGGAUUUAUCUUGACAUGAAGAACUGGCAUUACUCAAAUGGAGAUCCAAUUCUUCCCAUCAGCUUGUUCAAAAAUAGUGAGAUGCCUGCGGUCCUGGAAAGUGCCAAGAAAACUCUGGAAUCAAUUUUUGGUGAACUGGAGCCAUGUGUUUGCCCAACGAACAAAGAAAUAUCUUACCUUUUAAAUUAUCUUAAUGAUUCUUAAGGAGUUUAUAAUCUUUGUGUAUUAUAUAUCUUUGUAAACCUUACGAAUAUUUCACAAUAAAGAACCUUUAAGCUAUA